CGAAAACAAAAAUAUCAAGAAUAGCAGAAAUUUCUUCAAAUGAGAGUAUUUUUCGAAGCGCAGACGCAUAAAUGGCAUUUAAAUAACAACAAAGAUAUUAACAAUUAAAUAGGCUAUAUUGUUUAAUUGGAUGAUAACUGAAUUUGAUACUUUUGUGCAAUGCUAGUUAAUUGUUUUAUUAAAAGCAACGUGUUGUUUACAUUCACGUCCGCAUAAGAUAUUAUAUUUUUGCUCCAAAAUUUUGGGGGUUGAAUUUUUGAAAAUCUACGUCUUAAUUACUUUAAAGAAGAAGAAAAAAUCCAUAAAAGUUUCAUGACUAAAAUUUCAUCAAAAUAUUAAAAAUUUAUUUUUUAUCAAAACUAAAAAUUGGAAACGUUUUUAACAUUUAAUUGAAUAUCAAGUCCAGUGAAACCAUUUGGUUUAUAGUGGGUCAUGUCUUUGGAGGAUCCAUUUUUUGUUGUAAAAGACGAAGUUUUCAAGGCUUUAAAUAAAACGCGAGGACUCUACCUGCGUUGGCGUGAAUUAGGAGAAAGUAAUCAAAGUGCCGAAAUCGAAUGGACAACAACUGAACUACGUAAUGCUUUACGGUCCAUCGAAUGGGACCUUGAAGAUCUUGAAGAUACUAUUAGCAUUGUCGAAAAGAACCCUAACAAAUUCCGUAUUGAUAAUAGAGAACUUUCAAGUCGCAGACACUUCAUCGAUAGCACUCGCGAUGAAGUUAAACAGAUGAAAGAAAAGAUGAGCCUGAAUCGGAGCAGGGACAGAGAUAUUACAGCACAUCAACCUUUAUUAGAUGAACAUAAUCACAACCAUCAUCAUCAUCAUACAAGCAACGAUAAAACCCAUUUAGUCGAUUGUAAUAACGGCAAUAUCGUUAAUAACGUCGGGCUUCUUCAAUCAAACUCUAUAAUAAACGGAGGUGGCAGUGUUGCCAGUACAAUUGCAGGAACAAUGGCAGCUGCAUCGACACGUCAUAGUAGCACAAAAUAUUCCAAAUUAGAAAAUGCGCUUGAUAGUCCCGGACACUAUGCAAAUUUAGAUAGUCCUGGACAUCGUUUCGUUGGAGAAACAGUUGCAAUACAACAACAUAUGAUGCAAGGACAGGAUGAGCAAUUGGAUAUGAUAAGUGAUUCUAUUGGAACGUUAAAGACUGUGUCUCGACAAAUUGGUGUGGAAUUGGAUGAGCAAGCUGUUAUGUUAGAUGAUUUCGGCAACGAAUUCGACACAACUGAAUCUAAAUUAGAUUCUACCAUGAAAAAGAUGGCUAAAGUGUUUCACAUGAAUAAUGAUAAACGUCAAUGGGCAGCAAUUUUAAUACUUUCGAUACUUCUUUUAAUUGUGAUAAUAUUAUACAUCAUUUUGUAAACAAAAUUAAGUUUCGUAUUCCUUGCUACUUUAAAAAAAUUGAUUUUAGCUUUUAAAAUGUUAGUUUCUAGUUCUUAA